CCCCGGCCUGCACAUCACUAUUGACUCCCAAACAAAGGAACGAAGGAAUAAAUUAAGGAGCAAUCGAACUGAAGUUGACGAAGUUGCGGGCAGCAUACUACAUACUGGCAACUGGCUACUGUGUUUUGUAGGAAAUUGGAAAAAAUGGCUGCAAGAGAUGGUUAUCGUAUUUUUAUUGGAGGGUUAGGUUGGAAUACAUCGCAAAGGCACUUAGAAGAUGCAUUUAUUCGUUAUGGCAAAAUCCUUGAUUGUUUGGUGAUGGUGGACAGGGAGACUGGUCGUCCUCGUGGAUUUGGAUUCAUAACAUAUGCUGACCGCAGAGCCAUGGAAGAUGCCAUAAGGGGUAUGCAUGGUAGAGAGUUGGAUGGCCGGGUUAUCUCAGUGAACAAAGCAGAGCCACGAUUGGGAGCUGAAGAUCCGUAUGAUGCUUAUGGUGGAGAUCGUAGAUCAGGUGUUAGGGAGAGCUACAGAGGAGGAGAUAGACUAGGGGAUCGAUCUGACGAGUGCUUUAAGUGUGGUCGUGCAGGGCACUGGGCUAGGGAUUGCCCGUCGAGUGGUGGUGGUGGCGGCAGGUAUUCUUCACAGUCUGAAUUUGGUAGAUCUGGUCUGCAGGGAGAUCGUGAUUAUGAUCGUUAUUAUGAUCGUGCUGCUGGGGGGCGCUAUGACAGUAGAGAUCGUUUGGAGAACAGAGAUGGGUAUGGGUCCCGUGAUCGCUACAGCACUGAAAGGUACCCGCCUGCUGGUGAUCGUUUUGGAAGCGACAGAUAUAUGGAUCGAUAUCCCCAAAAUGGAUAUGGUCGAGAUAGGGAUUAUGAAAGGGAUGGAGGUGUUAGAGGCGGUGAUAGGUAUGCUGCUGGUGGACCAACUCGCUAUGACAAAGGAAGCUUUAGAGACCGGGCUCACCCUUAUGAUGCUCCUCGGAGAAACAGCCGGCGUUGAUAUCAUUGUUGGUUUUGCUCAAAUGCUGUGCAAACUGUUAUUUAUCUGAACUACUCAGUUUAGAGCUUUGUUUCCUAAGUAGCUGCAGAAAUGUUGGAUAUCGUUUCCUAUGCUUGGCUUGCAUCUGUUCAGAUUCUGCCUAGAUAAGCUGUGUGUUCUGCAGAGUUUUUUUUUUUCGACGUUUUGGAUAAUUCAGCAGCAUUUGAUAGCAAAGAUGCAACAUAUGGAAGCGGUUGAGUGUACUUCCAACACUUCUAGCUGUCAGCAUUGACUGGUAAAACACAAUUAAUGUAGUAUUUCUGCCCAUGACUGGAUAUUCUGCAUCAGGAGUGUGUCUGAGAUAGUUGAGACUCUUUUGUAUCUUCUUUGAAUUGCUGUUUCUAUAGUUGCAUGAGUGGCUGUCUUUUGAAUUUGAAGUUGCAACUAUUCCUGUUCUGGCUAUAUUAUAUGGUGGCGAAGUAUUAGCUCAUAGUUGCUGCCAACAACAUUUUCUGAAGGUGAUGGUUGUGGUCCAGUAUUGUCAUUGCUGCUGCCAGUCAGAGUGGAGGCAGAGGUUUUGACAGGCUUUUGCUUUAUUCGUUUUUCAACGAGUAUAUACGUGAAGUUUUUGUGCAGCCAAGCUGAUGAAAUCCUCUCUGGUAGUUUGUUUUUCACAUCUUUGGCCUUCAUUGCCCUUAUUAUUCAUUCAUCAGUGGCGAAUUUGCAUACUGGCCUUGUUUUUUUAGCUAAAUUUCUAAUGGCAUGGGAGGAAAUGGCCGCUGAUAAGAUCUGGGAUUUGAGACAGCCUAGAAGUAAGUACUGCUCUCAGUGUGACAUGAGGAGUAUUGGUGUUGAGAUUGAUGAAUUUGAAUGUGCUUGUGUCAGAGAAGAGUAGCAGCUACGAUCUAUGACAUCCCUGGGUCCGAGUUGGAGAGUGACCCUUGGGCUUUUUCUGGGAAUAUAAGGCAGCAUAAGAUUUGUGGACUUUAGAUUGGUAGCUGCAGGGGACAUGCAGCUGCUUGUUCUGUUUCUUAUUUUGGCCGACCUUUUAAGCAUGUGAUUGAAAAGCUUGGCUUGUUGAAUUCAGUGGUGCCAUGAAUUUUUUGAGUUUAGGAAUAUCGUUGCUGAGAAGCAGCAGUUAUAGAACCUUCCUUUCAGGUCCGAAACAAUCCUGAGGCCUUUUUUACUCAGAUUGCUCUUUUAUAACCCAAGAAGCUGAGACCCUUUUUGUGUUUGGGAUCAAUAAUCUGUAGACCUUAUUAGUAGACCUGUAGGAGUAUUUACUGGGAGAUUACAACAAUAUAAAUGUUUAGUAGAAUGUAAGAAUAUAUGAGUUGCACAUAGAUCAGUUUGAUUUCUUUUGACGGGCGUA